AUGUGGAUUCGAGCUCCACACCGAUUUCUGGCAAUUCGUGAAGGCACUCUUGGUGAGCCAUUGUUUCGACGUGCUGAUGCCGGCAUCGAGGAGGCACUCUACACGGGUCAUAGCUUCCGCAUCGGUGCAGCAACAACUGCUGCAGCUGCGGUUGGUGGUGUGACUGCAUGGAUGUGGGACUUCAUGAUUAUGAUGUUGGAAUUCAUGGAGAGUAAUGAAUUAUUAUCCUCAUUGAAAGGACAAACACCAUUACAAGUUGCAGAAGAAUGGUUGCAAAUAGAUCGGAGUGAUUCAGAUAGAGAAAAUCGUUCUCGUAUUAUUUCUUACUUGAAAGAAUUGAAUGAGAAUAGUUCUGUUGCAGCUGGAAAUUCAGCAUCAAACAUCACAGAUAGUACAACUGCAGGUGCUGACAACGAUCAUCCAAAAGCUCACAAGAGUGAAUGGCUCAAAGUAGUGGCCAAGUCACUAACUGGUGAAGCUGUUGAAUUGACAGCAAAAUCAUCUGAUACUGUUGCCACUUUGAAGCAGCAAUUGCAAACAAAGAAUGACCCAUCAUCAUGGCAUCAGCUGCUUGUUUUUAAGAAGAAGCAACUAGACGAUGAGCAAACUUUGGCUGAUGCAGGAGUAACUGAUGGAACAAUACUGAACGUCGUUCUUUGUCCUCGUGGUGUGACAGGCAUGGGAGCUGAUGCGGCUGAGUUAUUUGUUCGAGCUUUAUCACAAGGAAAAGUGGAAGUAAGUCGAGUGAAGAUUGUCAUUGCUGGUAGAGACAGAACGGGCAAGACGUCAUUUAAACGAUCUGUGCUCAAACUAAAGUUUCAGAUAAAUGAACCGAGCACACCUGUCGCAGUGGCAGAGUUGGCAGUGUGUGAAGCAUCAAACUGGAAGCUUUUGAGUGACAAGGACGAAGAAUUUUUGGACAAACAAAUAGCUAGAGCAGCAGUUCAUGUACCGACUGUUUCAAGUGCAAAUGUGUGUGGUAGUCAAGAUGACAACAAAUAUGACAAUGACAAAACAGAUUAUGGUGAUCAUCAAAGUGAGGUUGAGCUUAGCUUGUCAGUUGCAAGAGAAUCUACAUCAACUGAUACUAGAGAAAGCAGCAACAACACUAACAAACUUGAUGAAGCAACAGUUCUAACUGGAGGGAUAGCUCGUGCUAUUAAAGAUUUCCAAAGUGAUCCUGACCUCUUAAAGCAGGAAGAUUCAAAAGUUCACGUUGCCAUUUGGGAUUUGGGAGGUCAGGAGCCACUUCUUCCUGGUCAAGGGGAAGCCAUCACACCAGGAUGUGUCGUUUGUGUUGUAUUUAAGGCAUCGGAGUUUCUAGGUGACUCUGCCAAAGACGAACUAUGA